CCCCGAGCUGCGGGAGGCGCCGGGAGCGCGCACCGCGGGGAGCGCGCGGGCCGGCAUCCCCAGCCGCGGCAGCCAUGGCGGCGGCGGCCUCCCAGCGAGACCCUGGGGACUGGCAAGACUUCUCGGGCUUCCAGCCUUCCGCGGGGAGCGGCCCCGAGGCUGCCCGCGACAAGGGCGGCUGGGGCGGGGGGGACUUGGGAGCCAGGUUGUCCCUCUGCUUUGAGCCCCCGCAGGGCCGGGCUGGCGGCGGCGGGGAGAGCCGCGUUCCGCUGCGGCCCCUCACGGAGCAGAGCGCCUUGCAGGACGACGAGAUUUGGAAUGCUUUGACUGAUAAUUAUGGUAACGUAAUGCCAGUUGACUGGAAAUCUUCCCACACCAGAGCUUUGCACUUGCCAACACUAAAUCUUUCCGAAAAAGGGGUAAAUGAUAACUUGAACCUUGACCUGUCAGAUGAUGAAGAGCUGAGAGAACAGUUGGAUAUGCAUUCUAUCAUUGUUUCCUGCAUCAAUGAUGAACCACUUUUCACAGCAGAACAGGUGAUUGAAGAAAUAGAGGAAAUGAUGCAGGAAUCACCUGAUCCAGAAGAUGAUGAAACACCCACCCAAUCAGAUCGGCUCUCCAUACUUUCCCAGGAAAUUCAGACACUCAAGAGAUCCAGUACGAACAACAGCUAUGAAGAGAGAGUAAAAAGAUUGUCUGUUGCUGAGUUAAAUGAGCUGCUAGAAGAAAUUGAGACUGCUAUUAAGGAUUAUUCCGAGGAACUGGUGCAGCAAUUGGCUCUACGAGAUGAGUUGGAGUUUGAGAAGGAAGUGAAAAACAGCUUCAUUUCUGUCCUCAUCGAAGUACAAAACAAACAGAGAGAACAUAAAGAAACAGCAAAGAAGAAAAAGAAGCUGAAAAAUGGUAGUCCUCAGAAUGGCAAACAAGAAAGAGGUCAUAUGCCUGGAACGCGCUUCAGCAUGGAAGGGAUCUCAAAUGUCAUACAGAAUGGCUUCCGCCACACGUUUGGAAACUCAGGUGGAGAGAAACAGUACUUAACAACCGUCAUUCCUUACGAGAAGAAAAAUGGACCCCCAUCUGUUGAAGAUCUUCAAACAUUAACCAAAAUCCUGCAUGCCAUGAAAGAGGAUAGCGAGAAAGUGCCAAGCUUGUUAACAGACUAUAUUUUAAAGGUUCUGUGUCCUACAUGAAGAGGGCUGCCUUUCAAAUUAGUCAUUCUCCUUCCUGGAUGAGAAGCUUUCCAUGUAUAUAACUCAUAGUAUAUUUUCAUUUGGCACUAUACCUAAACCAGUUUGCAUUUACCUCCCCUGUGUGUGCGUGGAUUUUCUGAUCCUACAGUAAGUCUUCUGGGCAUGUCAACUCAUCCAUUUUAACUUAAUAGUGCAAUGAACUGGAGCAGGGAACAAAGAUUGUACAGUUUUACUUGCACUGUUCUGGCUUUUUAAAGUCUAUUUUUACAUUGUAUAGCAUGUAGUAAAUCCUCCUGCACAUUUUGUUAUUGGAAGGAAACGUAAACUUUGAAUAGUGUAAAUAAAAAUAAGACUAGUUUUAAGGAAUCCAUAUUUAAAAGCAUCCAUAGUUCCUAUAGCAAAGAUGCAGAAAGGAUCAUAGUUGGGCUUGGACUAAAAGAUUCAAGCGAGUUCACCAGGAAGCACUCCAGAACAGUGCUGGUGGAAGUCAGCAUUCAACAGUUCUUUUAAAAUGGUAACUUUGAACUGUACAACAGUAUUGUUCAUACAGUGGACAAAUCCAGAUUCUUUGAUGGUUUGGCAUAAGUAAUUGUUGUGUUAUCUAUCCUUGUUAUUUAACACAAACACCCAAGUAAUGUAAUAUUUCAUAUGUUUUUUAUUUAAAUUUUAAUUAUUAAUCUUCAUGUGGCUUAAGUAUUCCCCCAUAUUGCUGCUGUAAUUUUACUGUUUUUAAUAAGUGUUUUAUCUUAAUGAAAAUGCUUCAAUAUAUAAACAUUUUAAAAUGCUGUAUCUUUUUAAAAAUACCUGUACAGUUUGAAAAACUUACACCUGGGUCCCAAGUUAGUAUUAUAUUGAGAUGUUCAUUGUUGUGUAUCUCUGAAUUUUACUACAAAUCUCUCUUGUAAAUUGUACGCACUGUCUCCUCUGCGAAGAUGUAUCUGCAUUCAGACAGAUGAGAAUGUAUUUUACAAAUCCUGUAAAAGAAAUGUACCCCAUAAUCUCAACAUCAAAUACUUGUCACAAAUAAUUUUGCCAGUCUUAAAGAUUAGAUUGAAAUGUAAGGAGUGCUAAUAAAAAGAACUAUUUUCUAGGUUGAAUUCCUAUUGAUUCUACACAUAGAUUUAUGUCUAUGUGAAGGCACUAGAAGAUAAGGUUCUAAAGAGAUAUGUAUGUCUUCAAACAGUUUUUUCCAUUUAAAGUCUUCUUUUUCUAAGUUGAAGAGAAAUUUGCUUCUGAAUACCUUACCCAAUUUUAUCAUUGUCACUGAAUGCUCAUUUUGAUCAGUAAAACACAUUCAGUUUGAAAACAGUUCUCAUAAUGCUUUCUCUUUUCUAAAGGCCUCAAUAUUUUUGUCUUUUGUGCCUUUUCAGUCAGUAAGGUUUUCAGCUUAAGAUUCUUUCCUCUUCCCUCUCCCCACUUGACCACCAAUGGGUACUUCCCUGCCUGCUCAGGAAUAAAUAGAUUCUCUGCGUAAGUGUAUAAUAUGUAAGGUAGUUGGGGGUGGUUUUGUUGCUUUAUUCUUUGCUUUUUUCAUUUGUGUUUUUUCUAACAAUAAUAGCUGCCAUUUAUUUCUUUAGCUGAUAUAUUAUGAACUCAUUUUGGCAUGCUUUUUGCAUAGAAAUGCUUGAGGUUGACUAGCGAUGCCUGGAAAUUGGAGAAGGGGAUGACCCUGUUACGCUUAAUUUUUUUCAAAAAGGUGCACAUGCUAUGAAAUACACCAUGUCUUCCAGUGAGAUCUAUUCAGAGAUGUCUCAAACUGCUUUUGAGGCUUGAGGUGACAAGAUGGAACAAAAAAGAUGACAAUUAAGAGAAGAAUUCAAAAAAAAAAAAAAAGAAAAAACGAAAACAUGACACUUGACAAGGUUUGUGUUGUCAAUUGUAGCAAAUCUUGGAUGACUUGAAGUCACAAAAUGCUAAAAGUAGUAAAACUUGAAAGAAAACCCAGCACUAAAGAUGAGAAACAGCUUUAGUGAUCUAAGUAUCUGGUUGGGUAUAUCGUGCCCCUCAUCAGAUUAAACAAGAUAUCGUUAUUAUUAUUACCUGUUUACCUUGUAUGUAAAUCCUGGCAUUAAACAACAGUUGCCAAGGGUGGCAAGUAUUGUAUAUGUACCUAUAUAUGUACAUUAAAAAAUAAAUCUCAAAACACUUGAAUAAAAAGAACCAUGCAAAUA